GACGGUCGUGUGCACAGCACUUUUACUUUGUGCUGCAGCUCCACUUUUGCAACCUGAACCCAUCCAUGUGCGCUCGCACCGGAUAACUGUGAUGACAACUCAAUGCGCUUUCGUUUUGGGGGCGCGCUGAAGGUUUCACUUCGAGGGACGUUUACGGCUCAGAUGGGGUUAAUGUCAGCAAGUCACCGGAGAUGACUGAUAGGUAACCACACGCGCAACGCAACUAGUCUAUAAGCCACCGCAGGUCAAGGAGUUUGCGUAAUUUCGGUGAUGUAAGUGACUUUUAAGGCGAGAUAGUUGGAUAGUUGGACAGACAGCCAGUCCCAUGCCCGCGCCCCGCGUGCCAGGCUGCACUCUACCCGAGGACGGUGCCCUAGGCUCGGGGGUUAGAUGGUGCUGAUCACGGACGACAGGGAUGGAGGAGGCGCAUCGUCGGUCCGGGUCAAACAGCUCCAGCAGCAGCGGCAGAAAGUCAGCCAAGUCCACCCGACCAUAGUGGAGGAGCCGCUGUCCAACUCUGACGACGAGGACUACCUGGGCUCGUGCGAGGAGGACGAUGAAGAGGACGACGGAGGGGAGGAAGACGAUGAUGAAUUCGAGGAAGUGGACUUCGAGGACUUGGAGGAUUGUCGGAGCAUCGCGUCCGACGACUCCUUCUACCCGCCGGAUGAUGUGUUCGCGGACUCGGAGCGCACGCCGUCUCCGGAGAGCCCGGAGCCGCUGUCUUUCUUCCAGGCGUGCUGCACGAACAACGCGGCGAUCGUCCGGAUAAUGAUACGGCACGGAGUGAAGGAGGAGGAGGUCAAUGAGAAGGACAGGAACAACAGGAUAGGGCUGUUGGUCGCAUGCUACCAGGGUUACGUAGACGUCGUCAUAGCGCUGUCUCAGUGUCCCUAUCUGGAUGUCAACUGGCAGGACAGCGAGGGAAACACAGCUCUCAUCACUGCUGCUCAAGCAGGCCACAUCACAAUCACCAACUAUCUCCUGAACUACUACUCCGGGUUGGACAUCGAGAGGAGAAACUGCCAUGGCUUCACCGCUCUGAUGAAAGCCGCCAUGCAGGGCAGGGUGGAGUGUGUGCGCUCGCUCAUGAUGGCAGGAGCUGCCCUGAAUGCCAGGGACUUUGGCCGCCACUUCACUGCCAGGGAGUGGGCCUUCUUUACGGGCCGUUAUGAAACUGCCUGGGUGAUGACGCGCCUCAUGGAACGGCCCUGCCCGCACCAGUUCUGUGAUACAUACAGUCUAGAGUGGCCUUCACUGGCAUCACUGGUGGCCAAAGCCCAGGAGCCCCGUGGCUGUCUGAAGCGCCUGUCUGACACCGUGCGGAACAUCUUCAACAUGGCCAAUGUCACCAACCCUGAGGAUGAGGGCGUCAUCGACCACAUGGUGUCUGUCACAACUGCCAUGAGGAGCCCUUUGAUUGCGGUAGCAUGCCAUACAGUGUGUCCUGACAGCCCUCCAAGCGUGGGCAAACGGCGCUAUGCAGUACCUGAGAUCAUCCGCCAGCAGCGCGCCAAGGAGCUCCGCUCUCUCAACCCCGACAGGGUGGACAGCCACCUCAAACUCUUCCAGAACUCCCGGGUCACACUGGUGGCCAAGAACUCAGCAGACCGCCGGGCCAGCCUUCAGGCCCAGAGCGUGGUGCCUCGACACCGGAGCUCCAGCCUGAGCGUGCUGGCUUAUAACGAAGCCCUGGAGCUGCGGAGAACCAGCCUGCUGCCCAUGCACAUGGUGCUCAGGAGGAGCAGCGUCAGGCCGGGGUUCAGCAUCCCCAAAGUGAGGGUGUCCAAGGCGCCCACGCCCACUUACGAGCCAGAGAAGAUCCGGAGGAAGAGCAGCGCCAAAGACGGAGGGGGGCACCUGCUGCAGAUACCAAAGUGGCGGUAUAAGGAGCUGAAGGAGGAAAGGAAGAAAGCGGAGGAGGCCGAGAGGAGGAGGCUGGAGGCUGUGACCAAGAGACACCUUGCUGCAGGGAAAAGGAAAUAAUAUCAUUGCCUCAGAAGAUGCCAUGUACACUACCCCAAAGAGAGACUAAAUCUGAACCGACUAAAACUGGGUAGAUUUGACUUUAAUAUUUUUCUACAAUAUAUAAAUUCCUAGCAGUGUUCCUGAAAGAGGACAGCAGACUGAAGGCUGCUUUCCAAGACGGACGCCAGUUGGCCUCUUAAAAAUGUCUGCCGGAGCUUUGACAGCAUGAGAAGUGGACAGUGCUCGGCGUCCUUUUUGAUGUCAAACAGAGAAUACCCAGGGGGUUUGAUACUUGAAAUGUUUUUAGCUAACUUAUUUUUCAUAUUUAUUGCUUUUUGAUGAAUAGCUCGUCUAUAUUUUGUUACGCUUCGGGUGCAGCAAUGCAGCAGCGUUUUUGUAUCGGAGAAGACACUUACUGACACACAUUCUCUCAGAUUGUAACCGCAGCAGGAGUGUGUUCAUCUUUCUACCUAAAAAAAAAUGAAUUUUUAAAGACGUUACGGAAUGAUGUCUUAAAAAUAUUCAGUGGAGAAUACUAAUGGGUGUGAGGAAGCUAAACAUAAGCUUAUGUAAAAUUUAAUGGCAAAUGACAGCAAUAUUUUUAGAUGCUUAUUUUGUUUCGCUUUAUAACAACAAACCCAUGAAUGUAUUUCGCAUAUAUAUUUUAUAUUAGAGAUUUUAAUGCUUUUCAAUGACAUACUUUUUUAUUCGAUAUGGACUUUUUCACAUACUGACAUAUAAACAGCUAUGUUUUAUAGUCUUAACGUUCGAGACCAAGACGGAAAUGUGAAGCGGUGUUGUGAUGUAACACUUCAAUUUUACAGUGUGGGAAUAAAUGUCAAACUCUUCCCGGAUCUUCACACUGCGAUGAAUGCGACUCUAAGAUUGGAUUUGGUGUAUACAGGGUACAG